AUGCGUGAAGCUAAGAAAGUUUACUACAAAAGCAAAUUUGGCAAACAUCAAAACAACCCUAAACAGGCUUGGAGGACGAUUAAUGAUAUCCUUGGGAGAAAAAAGAAGGACACAAUGAUUAACGAAUUAAAGCUAGGAAAUGAUACAAUUACUUCUCCUAUGAGAAUGGCUAAUUGUCUUAAUGACUAUUUUACAAGUAUUGGUGGUAAAAUUGGAGACUCCUGCUCUGAACACACUCAGAAAUUAAAUUUUGGCAGGCAUAUGAGUGAUAAUUUAAAUACUAGUUUGGAAUUUACUUUGCAUCCUGUUAACGAAUCACAGGUUUUUAGGCUACUUAACAAUUUGUCUAUUUCUAAAUCUACUGGAUGUGACAAAAUACCGGCUAAAAUUCUAAAAAAAUCUGCAUCUGUAAUUACACCAUCUUUGACCAAAUUGUUUAACUCUGCUAUUGGGAUGGGAAUUUUCCCCUCUGAAUGGAAAAGUGCUAGAGUUAUACCGCUUCAUAAGAAGGGUUCACGCUCCGUUUUAGACAAUUAUAGGCCAAUAUCAAUUUUGCCGGUCAUCAGCAAAAUAUUUGAAAAGAUCUUGUAUGAGCAGUUAUACGAAUAUUUUACUACCAAUAAUUUAUUGUCUGAACAGCAGUUUGGGUUCAGGCGCUUUCAUUCCACGUCCACUGCUUUGCUUGAUUGUACUGAUGAGUGGUAUGUUAAUAUGGAUCGUGGUUUGUAUAAUCUUGCCGUUUUUCUCGAUUUAGAAAAAGCAUUUGACACGGUAAACCACGACAUUUUACUGGCUAAACUAGAGUUAUAUGGUAUUAAGAACACGCCUCUUAUGCUUCUCAAAUCGUACUUAUCAGAUCGAUCUCAGAAAUGUCAAGUAAAUGGGGAACUUUCCACACUAAAAUAUCUAAAAUAUGGCGUUCCUCAGGGUUCAAUUUUGGGUCCACUUCUGUUUUUAAUUUAUAUCAAUGAUUUGCCGAAUUGUUUACAACACUCUACAGCACGCAUGUUCGCCGACGAUACUAACAUUACAGUGUCCGGUAAAUCAAUUAAGGAAGCGGAGGUGGCCGUUAAUGUCGAUCUCAAUAAUAUCAGAGAAUGGCUUCUAUCGAACAGGCUCUCUCUUAACCUUGUCAAAACGGAAUAUCUUUUGAUUGGAUCACGCCACAAUAUUAACACGUUAGAAGAACAACCGCGUGUUUUUAUUGGAGAUGAACCAAUUAAAGGGGUUCAAGUUACAAAAACUCUUGGAGUCAAAAUUGAUCAAUUUUUAACUUGGGACAGUCAUAUUGAACAAAUUUCUAAAAAAAUAUCUUCUGGAAUAAGUGCCAUGAAAAAGAUAAAGGAUUUCACUAAUUCUGAUACUUUGAAGUCGGUCUAUUAUGGUCUUGUCCAACCCCAUUUCGACUACUGUUGUGAAGUUUGGAAUUCCAUUAGACCCCUUCAAGAUCUCUUGCUUCCUCAAGCACAAUUUUUGUAUCUACAGCUUCAGCAAUGCAACAAGACAUCCCGUGGAGUUCAAGUGUUGUACAGCAAUAGGAAGGGGAAUGACAUGCAAGUUGUUUGUUUAAAAGAAGGCGUUAAAUAUCGUUGGAAAUCCGUUGACG